AGCUAGCCUGCCUGUGACAAAAUGUCGCACCUCCAGCAGAGCAAAGCCUCGAAUAAGUCGGCCGAGAUCCGGCGGCACUCGUUCCUCCUCGGGCUGGACUCGGCUGCCACGAGGAGGGAACUUGUCGGUACCGAGGUUUGGGUACCCAUCGCGGACGAGAAGGACUCCAUCACCUGCGAGGCUUUCGAAAAAGCGGUGAUUAGAAGCUUGAACGAACUGAAUGAUGUCGCUGGAGGAGAGCAGCAGGACGCUAAGAACUACGCUCCACCGAGUCAACAAGACUUCGCCCUCGAGGACCUCUCUGUUUCGAAGCCCAUCCUUGCGACACUGGAAUGCUACCCGCGGGAUGCGGGUUUGGUCCCCGGGGGGUUAUCGUCCAGCUCGAAAAUUCUCGAGAAUUUUGACCUCCGGGACUGCCGGAAUGUCAACGAAAGUCCUGUAGCCGCGGCGUCGAAAUCUUCUAAAGCUGGUGGUGCCGACGAUGCGGCUGGCAAAUUGCAACUCGCUGCCGGCGCGGCAAAUACCGGCGACAUCCUGAAGUUGCCGUUCGCGAACGACGCUGCAGUUUUGGACUGUUUGCGGCAGCGUUACUACGAGAACAAGAUCUACAGUUUUGUGAAGCCCAUGGUUGUGAUUCUGAACCCGUAUGAAAAUUUGAACAACACUAGCACCGAGAUUAUCCAGCAGUACCAUCAACUGAGCAGUGCUCCUACAGCUCCGAACGCGAAUGUAAUACCGGGUACUGGGCGGGCUUCAGCGGCUGGUAAACAAGGGAGUCAUGAUGACCACAGGGGGACGAGAGGUGGUGAAGGUGCCGUAGACCUGUCGACCGUCGAGCCGCAUGUGUUCGACCUGUGCCGCACCGCGUGGCAGGCGCAACUGCAGGAAAAUUGCAACAUUUCGUUCAUCAUUUCCGGCGAGUCCGGCGCGGGAAAGACGGAAACGACGAAACACAUCAUGAAAUACUUCGCCACUGAGAUGGUUCUGGUACUUAUUUUGUUAGAUCAGUGUCCGUGUUGCGUCGUUUUUUUGCCGCCCAAAAGGCUGUGGUGCUAUCUCUCGUAUGUACACGAUGUAGAUUUUUUGACAGGACACAUGUAUCAAAUUUCAAAGUCCUCAUUCAUUGCAGGGCACAGGGGCAGCUGCUGGACGAGAGCGAAAGUCCGUCGCCGGGCGCGGUGCGGCAAAAGACAAGGAGCAAGACAGCGGAAGCAACGUUCCAAAGGCAAUCAAGGAUCAAGCGGAAGACGGGGUCGAAGAUGAAGAGGCAGAUGAGCAAGCAUCGAAGAAAAAUCACCUGAUGCGCGGCAGCCGUUUCUCUUUCCUCGCAUCACAGGACCUGACGCACGAGCCACAUGAGUACGUUGCGGAGGACGUGGAGCCGGAAGAUGAACAGGAAAACAACAGAACGACUGGAAACGGAGCAGAACUUGCUGAAAGCGACGAGGAGGAAGAGCAUUCUGACUCCUCCUCCGACGGCGGCUCAGAGGAUCUCGAGCUGGAGAAAAUGAAGCAGAAGAAGUCCGAACACUACAGCGCGAUCCAGGACGCAAUCAUGCGCGCCAAUCCCCUUUUGGAAGCUUUUGGGAAUGCGAAAACCGAGCGCAACGACAACAGCAGCCGCUUUGGGAGGUUUGUGGAGCUCUACGUGGGAUCAGAAGAAUUGCACAGUUUUGACAGUGCCGCUUCAGCGAACAGACCGUCGAAAGCCAAUCGCCGCACGCGCAAC